AUGGCUCGUUCUACUACCUCACUUGCUAAGUAUAUUCAUGCUAUCCGUGACUCUCCACGGGAGAUAUACAACCAUAACCUCGCGAUUGUGGUUGUCUCAUUUGCCCUCUGUGGCUGUGCGAAAGGUUGGGAUGAAGGAUCGGCAUCUGCUAUUACACAGCUUAAGUCUUUCGAGCGCAUGUAUAAUCUAGACAACAAUACUAUUUCGAAUAUUGUCUCCUUCGUCAACCUUGGAGCGGGAGUCGGUGCUUUGCUCUCCUUCUUACUGAAUGACCGCAUUGGUCGCAGAUGGUCGAUGCGACUUUACCAGUUGGUAUACAUCGUUGGCUCCUUGACAGCCUGUUUUUCCUACGGCAAUGUCGGCGUUCUCUACGCUGGCCGCCUGAUUGCCGGCCUGGGAAUUGGGGCAUUGACCGUGGUAGGCCCAAUGACAAUUGCAGAGGUGGCUCCCAAGGCUACGAGAGGCCUCAUGACUCUGCUAUUCAAUGUCUGCAUGCUGUCUGGACAGGCGUUAGGUGUUUUCACGGUGUAUGGAUGCUCCAUACAUAUAUCACCGGCGAAGAAUCUCCAGUAUCAAGUCCCCUGGUUUACUCAGACCUUUGCUCCAUUAAUCAGUAUCAUCCUCUCCUUCUUUGCCGUUGAGUCCCCGCGUUGGAUCAUUCUGAGCAAUAAACGACAAAGCGCCCUUACUACCCUACUACGUCUUCGAGGUCUACCAGCAAACCACCCGUACGUGGACACUGAAUACAGUGAAAUGGUACGCCAGGUAGAAGAAGAGGACACCUCCCUUGGGCCAACCAGCUCUCUGAAGGUAGUCAAGGAAACGUUCUUCAUACGCAGCAAUCUACGCCGCGUGCAGCUCUCCCUUGUGGCGUAUAUCCUUGCACAGAUGUCUGGGGCCAAUUCUGUGACUAACUAUUUGCCGACAAUUUUUGGUAUGGUAGGUAUCAAAGGGUCUGGAGUCAAGGUCUACAGCACGGGUCUCUAUGCAAUUACAAAGCUCAUAUUCUGCAUGGCUGCCUCGCUAUGCUUCGUUGAUGUGCUGGGUCGGCGCAAGUCCUCAUGGCCGGUAUUACCAUUCAGAUAA